AUGGCUGUCUUUCCUUGCCCGAGAGGGAGUGACAACUCCUUCGGCCCCGUCGUGAGCGUUCAUUGUCGAGAAUUUGAUUUCACCUUGCUCUUUGAGGAUGUGGUUCUGGUUUCGCUCCCCUCGUUUGUCUUCCUAGCAAUCCACCUCACCCGUAUCGCCUGUCUCCUCCCGAAGCCAGUCAAGGUUGCCAACCAACGGCGAACGAUCACUUUGAUGACCCUGCAUGCUACGCGGGUAUGGCUCGCUGCGCAAAUCCUGCAGACAAUCGACACUUGUGCGGCGAUUCCAACUGCAUACUUUGAGCGCGCUCACUCGGUGCGGCCCCCUAUCUGGCCCAGUCUCUGCUUGUUUGUGGCGGUGCUGUUGGAGAGUGUCCGCGCCCGGACGUUCUGGCUUGCUUCGAACACCAUCCUUGCGCCCAUUAUCCUGAGUGUGGCGUUGGGCCUACGCGUUUUGCUUUUGAUACUUGAGUCCACACUACAGACACGCCCACAACCAUCGCAGCCCCAAGAUACGACAAAGGAGGAAAGCAGCAGUUUGUGGGAGCUGUGCUUACUGACAUGGGUGCUCCCAAUUCUGAAACAAGGCUUCUUCUCGCCGUUGACUUUGGAGCAGCUUCCGCCCCUCGGGCACAGCCUCACGACCGAAAAGCUGAUGAGGAGGCUGCGGGGACGAUGGACUCAGGUGUACCAAUCACGUGGAAAUCAGCUCUUUUUCACGGCGUUCCGGACGUUUCAAACAGAAUUCCUGCAUGGAGUCAUUCCUCGAUUGUGUUUCUCGGCGUUCACCCUGAUGCAACCCCUUCUGGUCAACGCCAUGAUCAAAUUUGUGGGAUCACCCGAUAGCCAGACGACGCGGAACAAGGGGUAUGGUUUGAUCGGAGCGUCGGCGAUUGUGUAUCUUGGGCUUGCAACGUCCAAGGCCCUUUACAACAGACAGGCUUAUCGUUUCGUGAUUGGCGUCCGGGGGGCUCUACUUGCCACGGUCUACAGCCGAACCCUUGAGCUCGGGGCUGCAGAUCAAGGGAGUACAUCUGCACUCACCUUGCUGGGCACGGACGUGGAGCGAAUCGCGACGGGCCUCCGGGACGUGCACGAGAUAUGGGCCUCGCCGAUCGACAUAGGGCUAGCUGUUUGGUUGCUUGGAAGACAGCUGGCCGUGUCCUGCAUUGUCCCUGUUGUGCUAUCUCUCCUGUGUAUACUUGUUAUUGCAAAGGUAUGCGAGCUGAAGAACCGGGCUCAGCGCGAGUGGAUUGAGAGAGUAGAACGCCGUAUUGAUGUCACUCGACAAAUGCUCAACGAUAUCAAAUCCAUCAAACUCCUCGGUCUCGGGGCGCAGAUCGAGUCUAUCAUCGCCCGUUGCCGAUCGAUCGAGAUUGCGACCUCCCAUAAAUUUCGGUCCUUAUUGUGCUGGGAGGUUUUUAUUGCCAAUUUCUCGUGGCUGGUGUCUCCAGCUGCCUCCUUUGCUUUGUUCACCUUACUCUCGACCGUGAACAAAAGCAGCUCACUGGACCCCGCGCAGGCGUUCACCGCACUCUCUCUCAUGAGCCUGAUUACACUACCAGUUCUCACGUUGAUCCAGGCACUACCCGCCCUGUUCCAAUGCCUGGGCUCCUUCGCCAGGUUGCAGAAGUAUUUUGCCAACCAAGACGCACAGCCUCUUCAACUCGACUCAAAACUAGUGUCGUCAAGUACAUCACUGCUCGGCCGCUGGGGGUCAGAGGUUCCAUCUACAGGCACAGAGAAGGGCCUUCUGAUCGCCUUGCGGAAUGCCACUGUUAGGUGGAGCCCCUCUGGACCUGCGGUACUUCACGAGAUUGAUGUCGAUGCGCACCAGGGAGAUAUACUAGCCAUCAUGGGCCCUGUAAGCGCCGGCAAGACCACGCUUCUGGAAAGCAUUCUGGGCGAAACCGUCGUUGACCACGGGUGCAUCCAUACGAACCCUGUGCCGACGGCCUACUGUAGCCAGGUACCCUGGCUGGUUGAGGGGACCGUCCGUGACAAUAUCGUUGGGCCGCUGGGCAUGCAGCCCGCGUGGUACCACCAGGUACUCUGGAUGUGCGGGGUGAGCGAGGAUCUCCAAGCCCUGCCGGAGGGGGAUUUGACCCGUGUUGGCGGGCAGGGGAAUGCCCUCAGUGGAGGGCAGAAGCAACGAGUCGCUCUUGCUCGUGCGGUCUACUCGAGAUGUGAGAUUGUUAUCCUGGAUGAUGUCUUCAGUGGCCUCGAUUCCGUCACGAUCGACACAAUCUGCGAGCGCCUGCUGAGCCCGGACAAAGGGUACUUUCGUCGCAAGCGCACUACGGUGCUACUAUCGACCCACAAUUCCAAGGUUGCCGCACUCGCGGACGAAAUAUUCGUCCUUGAAGAUGGUAGAGUGGCGCAGCAUAUCUUGUCUUCACAUUCAACACAGUCACCACAAGCUCAAUCCCACUCGACGGAGGCCGAUGAAGACGCUGCCAAAAAAUGGCCGAUAGCAUCCGAACGUUGCGUGGAACCCCAAGAGGACGAAUUGCCGUCCGACGACAACAGUCGCUCUCAGGGAUCGACACAGUCUUCCCAUAGUGAAGAUGGGGCUGGCUAUUUUUACUACCUCAAAUGUACUGGUCGAACUCUUGCAUCAGUAUACGUCAUUCUCAUUCUCAUAGCCGCGUUCUGUCAGGACUUUCCCAAUCUAUGGUUGAAGUGGUGGUCCAAUGCAGAUUCGCAAGGCUCAAGCCAACUUUCAGGGAUGUAUCUGGGCGUUUUUAUUGCCUUCGCAGUUGGUACUGUUGUGGUUGGAGCAGCAGGCUCUUGUCAGGACCUGGAGCUUGUGGAUAUGACAUUACCACUGGCAGCUGUCAACGCAACCAAGGCCAUCGGGUCCUGUCUCCUAAAAUUAGCCAUCCUCUUUGUGGUAGCCAAGUACAUGUCCCUGGCGGUCCCUCCCCUAUUGGUAGUCUGCUUCCUCCUGCAGAAAUGCUACCUGCGCACCUCGCGACAGAUCCGCCUUCUCAGCAUCGAGGCCAAGGCCCCUCUGUUCCAGCACCUCUCCGAAGCCCUCAGCGGUGGUGCGAGCAUCCGUGCGUUUAAAUGGCAGACCUACCUCGAGGAAGCCAAUCUUUCGAUGGUGGACACGUCACAGAAAUGCACAUACACGUUGUUCAUGGUCCAGCAAUGGCUGACCCUCGCCAUGGACCUAAUUGCCAGCGGUCUCAUUGUUCUCUUAACGUUGCUGACGGUCCUAAUGCCAGACUCCUUCGACCCGGGCUCAUCGGGUACCGCCGUCGUGACCCUCAUGAGCUUCACGCAGUCUUUAGCCCGGCUCCUGAAAUUCUGGUCCAUGACCGAGUCCUGUCUCGGGGCUGUCUCACGGAUCCAAUCGUUCACGGCUCAAACCCCCUCCGAAUCUCGCGGCAAGACCGCCCUCCCACAGCAGACAAACUGGCCCAGCCGUGGCGCCAUGGAGCUGCAGAACGUGGGUGCUGCAUAUAAAUCUAGACCUGUCCUCAGCGGUGUAAGCAUGCGCAUUGAACCCGGCCAGAAGAUCGCGCUGUGCGGCCGUUCGGGCAGCGGCAAAUCCUCCUUACUGCUGUGUCUGACCGGACUCCUCCGACCUCACUGCGGGACCGGCACCAUCCACAUCGACGGCCUCGACAUCACCUCCGUACCGCCGCAGGACCUCUGCGCCCGCCUGAGCGUCGUCCCCCAAGAACCGUGCUACCUCCCAGGCACCAUCCGUUUCAACAUCGAUCCAACCCACACCCUCUCCGAGCCGGCGCUAGCCCGCAUACUCGACACAACACAUCUCACCGACCUCGUCGCACGACUAGGCGGCCUGGACGCCACUCUCGAUCCGACGCGCUGGUCCGCGGGCCAGGGGCAACUGCUAGCGCUGGCGCGCGCGAUUGCCCGGCAAAGCAAGGUGUUGAUCCUCGACGAGGCGAUGAGUCGGGUUGAUCAAGCGACACAAGCUCUGAUGGAUAGAGUGGUCGCGGAGCAGUUUGCGGGUUGCACGGUUCUGUCAAUCGUCCACCGGUAUGACAAUAUCGCGUGGUUUGACAAGGUGGCGGUGAUGGAGGAGGGGCGACUCGUCGAGUUUGAUCGGCCAGCCGCUCUGCUGGCGCGGGAGGAGUCGCGGUUUCGGAUGCUGUAUGUCUCUAGUGGGUGCUUGUGAUGUG